ACUUGCAGCAAUCCAAACAUUCUUAAAAACCAAGCAUUAAUUGCUGUUCAACCGGGGUGUGUUCAGUUGUCUCACGAGUUUUUUGGAUGCAUCAUCACUCUUUUGUAGGCUUGCACCUUUAUGGAUAUUAAACGUUAGCCUACUAGAGGAGUUUCAUGAUUGAAACAGGCACCGCUUCCCUCCGGAUACGCAUUUGCCAGAUUGGACACAGACAACAAGGAAAAAUAGCCACGAUUAUAGUCCAUCGACUUCAGAACAUCACUUCAGUCAGGACAAUUUUCAUUUUCGCCUUCAUGGAUGGUGAGCGCACAUCUGACAUGUAGGAUACUUCUGUUGGCUUUAUAAUGUCAAAAUGCAUGCAUGAACUUUUUUUAAAUAUCUGAAUCCGUAAGCAUUUUAUGAAAUAACGACAUAUUUGUCUUCAAACCUUUUUAUAUUAACUGGGCAAAUCAUUUUUGGUUUAGGCUAAAUAUUUCGGACAAAAAAUCUAUUAAAUUACGCAAUAGGCCUAUCCUCCUAUUUUUUUAAAGAUAGGUCUAAUUAGCUGACUCAUUGUUUUGUUAAACGCCAAUGGGCCGAUGACUUUACAUUCUUGUCAAUGAACUUGGUUUUCACGAACCUCAUUUUUACAACUCAGACGUUUUUUUGGACUAUGGAGAUUCCGGUUGGAUUAGGGGGAGUUUGUGACUCCACAAACCUAGUUUUUCGCGGACCUUUCCAAAACGUUUUCCACAACGUGCAAGCAUUGCCGAGUAACACGAAUGUCACUGAAAGCUUGGACUUUUGUAGUUCAAAGUACAGUUUCUUGCAGAAUAAACAACCCUGGGAGGUGCGCCAAACGAGCCGGCAAUCAUCCCGAAAAGAAAUAUGGUCAGGAACGGCUCGCAAUUCUGAUAUUGAAGUGAGGGAAGAUGACAGCGUUUGUUUUUCCAGAACACUCGAAUCAGUGGCAUGUCGUAUUCAUUUUGCCAAAAGCUCAAAAGGGAACAAAGCCGGGUUUUCCUCUUUGAACGAAUCAGACAAUCCAAACGCGAAUGAAUACGGAUCGUAUCGCUCUGGACAGCAAGUCUCCAACACCGAACAACAGCCCUGUCAACCCUCUGUGUCCCAUCACGGAAAUGAGUUAAAUCAUAACAGUGAGGCCUGUGUGGCGAGCAGUUGCUCCAGUUCUGCCUGCAGCACCAUCUCAAAAACGGCGAGGGAGCUCUGCAACGCUGUUUCUGUGUCACUGGGAUUGACCAUGGACUCAAAUGAGAUGACUGACCUGGGACCUAAUCACGCACCAUCCAGCGUAAAUCACCAAAGUCAAGAAAACUAUUUGUUUGAGGUGCCUCUAUUGAAAUGUUCUGGAGCUGGAGAAAACGUCUCCAUAACAGAAUACACAUGCCCCAGUGAGCGCUAUGCCAAGCCACUACAAAGUGAUAAACAACUAGUUGAGAUAUUUCAAAGUUCCCCUGCAAACAACCUUACAGAAAAAGUGGCGACCAUACAGCACUUUAGCUCCGGACAUCCAUCCACAGAUGAACAGGAGUUUAGACUGAAUGAAAACAGGGAUGACCCGACUUCAAAAGAAACAGAUCAUUUUCUGAAUACAGGAGCUCGCUCAGCGUCUUAUCAUUUUGACCAACUGUUGCCAGUACACUUGGCACACUUCAGUCAAACCGAAACAGACAGAAACUCUUCUCAUGUGUUCUACAAACCCCCAGCACAUGUCGGUGAAACUGGAGAGACUAUGGAGGACAAAUAUGCUGACUACUUACAACAACAGUACAGUGUCAAGAUAAAAUCUGAGGCCUUUAAUAGGCAUAAUGAACCUGCCGGAACGUCAUGGGACUUUCAGUACAGGUAUAAUGACAAUGACAAUACACAAUAUGGACUGAAUUCAUACAUUGCGGGACCGGACACUGCGUUAAUUUGUAACCCUCAUGAAUAUGAGAGGGGUGGGGGACUCGUGCGCAGAGAGCGGCCAACUCCUGAGCAGUGGUACCCGGGCGAGAUGCUAGGGAGGAUGCCCUAUCCCAACUCCCCAUGCAUAAAAAAUGAGGUUGGUGACAGUCUGGAUGUCUCUUACACAGAUGCCAGGUUUGAGGGUGGCAGCGACCACAUGUACCCCAUGGAGUUCUUCUUCCCGCCCCAGAGGACCUGUCUGAUCUGUGCAGAAGAGGCAUCCGGCUGCCACUAUGGAGCGCUCACCUGUGGCAGCUGCAAAGUGUUCUUCAAGAGAGCCGCAGAAGGGAAACAGAAAUACCUGUGUGCCAGCAGAAAUGACUGCACCAUCGAUAAGCUGAGAAGGAAGAACUGCCCAUCAUGUCGACUGAGGAGGUGUUUUGAAGCUGGGAUGACCCUUGGAACACGUAAACUAAAGAAGAUUGUACAGCUGAAGAGUCCGGAGGAGGAUCUUCCCACCCAAGGCCCCACUGAUACCAUCCAGGGAGUCUCUCCCCAAUCCGGCCUGAGCUUCCAUUCCCAGCUGGUGUUCCUUAACAUCUUGGAAUCCAUUGAGCCAGAGGUGGUACAUGCGGGACAUGACCAAUGCCAGCCUGACUCAGCUGCAGCGCUGCUCACCAGCCUCAACGUACUCGGGGAGCGCCAACUUGUCAAAGUGGUCAAGUGGGCCAAAGGCUUGCCAGGUUUUCGGAAUCUGCAUGUGGAUGACCAGAUGACAGUCAUCCAGCAUUCAUGGAUGGGGGUGAUGGUGUUCGGCUUGGGAUGGAGGUCCUACAAGAAUGCCAACGGCAGAAUGCUCUAUUUCGCCCCGGACCUGGUUUUCAAUGACCAUCGGAUGCACAUCUCCAGCAUGUUCGAUCACUGCAUACGGAUGAGACAACUCUCCCAGGAGUUUGUCCUGCUGCAAGUCACUCAGGAAGAGUUCCUCUGCAUGAAGGCCCUGCUCCUCUUCAGCAUCAUUCCAGUGGACGGUCUUAAGAGUCAGAAGUACUUUGAUGAAUUGCGGCUGACCUACAUCAAUGAACUUGGUCGUGUCAUUAACUAUGGAAGGAAGUCCAACUGCUCUCAGAGGUUGUAUCAACUCACCCGUCUCAUGGAUUCCCUCCAACCGGUUGUGAGGAAACUCCAGCAGUUUACAUUUGAUCUGUUUGUCCAGGCCCAGUCUCUGCCCACCAAGGUCAACUUUCCAGAGAUGAUUGCAGAGAUAAUCUCAGUACAUUUGCCAAAGAUCCUGGCAGGCUUGGCCAAACCAAUCCUGUUCCACAAGUAGCAGGAUUUGCCAUCAUACUGAGAAAAAUCCAAUCCAAGCUGCCUAUAUACUUCAGCCAAGGCUCUAUAGUGUUUCCCUUGUAAUGUUCUCUCUCUCCUUUUUUAUAUCUAAUAGCUCAAUGUUCCAUUUCUGAAAUCAUUGUAUCAUUACAGUAGUUUAGCCGCUUAUCAGACAUAAUUGAGAUAAUUUUCUCAGAAGGGCAGCAAGGUUUUAGCAUUUAUUUCAAGUUGCAAGGUGUCACCUUGUUGACAGCCCAAUCUGUCCUGUAUUUCAAGAAAAAAAAUACACAAGACUACCGGUAGUAGUGUUAUGUCAAAUGUAAGAAACAGAAGAAUGUCAUCCAUUGACUGGAUGAAGACAAAACUAAAAAUGCAGAAACAGUUAAACAUAGCUAUGCAUAUCUCUACUUUAGGAAGUUUCAUGAGAUUGUGCUAUGCAAAAAAAAACUAUUACCAAAAGGAAUGUGAAACAGUCGUUUGCAGUAUACUCUUACAUACAGUCUCUGUAUUUACUAGCUAACUACUCAACGGUUGUAUCUGACUGACUAUGUUGUACUAGAAUGCUAUUUUCAAUAUACAUUUACAAUGCAUAAGUCACUAUAUGUAUUGUACAGUAUUUAAAUGUUUAUUGCUAGUUAUUUAGGUAGUGAACAAACGGUGACUAACUAAUUCCAGACACAAAGCGAGACAAUUAGAAUUAAUAACUUUCCAGAAUAUUUUCAGUGGCAGUGGAUCUCUAUUGAGUUAUUUAAAAGUAAAUCAUAGUAUGAAACCUUCUACAACUUGCUGCACAUUUAGUCUGCAUGUAGUUUCAGAUGACUCUUUUGCGUCACACAUGACAGUACUGUGCCCAAGUUAGUUGGUCAAACUGAACAUACUUAUAAUCUAUUAAUGCUGAAAAUCCUCUAAAGGUUUAAUGCAGCCUGAAUAUUUGCAUUCUUUAGUUCAUCAGAACAUACAGAGGUGCAUGAUUUUACGCCAUGUGUUUGUAGAUGUUAGAAUGAUUUAAUCUUUAUUGAAAAAAACAGGGGCGGAACUUUGGUUUUAGAAGUGGUGCCAAUAAUUGCCUCUAUUACACCAAAUGUAUGUCCCUGAACGAAUGAUUUUAAAAAUCGCACAAGGAAAAUUUAGUAGCUAAUGGCAGCCUGCAGUAUCCCAGUCAGCCUUCAACUUUAGUUACUCAAUGAGAGGGGGCAGCAUAGAGCUAGCCUGUAACAUCACUUCCUGGAGUAGCUCAAACUGCUGUCAUGACAUUGCCCUCUUUGGGUAUAGCAAGCCCCAUCCCCCUCUCCCUGCCUCCCCCUUGACUCCUUCAACUAGGCUGCUGUGGUCAGAGAGAGGUCGUAAAUUUCAGAGAAGACCCUGCCACAUAGUAUAAGAGACAGAGUACAUCUUCAUAGAGCACAAAGGAAUUUCUUCCACCUCACAGAACUUGAGGUACGAACAAAUGUCAUGUUCCGGAGAAAGUAUAAAAGAUCGGUGAAGAAUCCAGCUACGAACUGGUCCGUUUGUUACAACUUGGGGAAGCUCAUGGGAGAUGGUGUGGCCACAUUACCAUAACACUGUUUAUAUAAUAGCCUCAGAUAUGAGGUUUACAUCUAAUUGUUGUAUAAGAUAAAUGAGUAUGAUACUGUUUGUAAAAUAGUUUAAUAUGAUUUUGGACUGUUUAAUGAAGGAAAAUACAAUUCCCUUUUGAUUUGAACUAAAUCAGAGGACCACCGCUGAGCCCAGUUAGGGUCGGGCAUCCUGGGACAGGCCCUUCUCUGCUACUCCGAAUAAAACCCAACAUUGGGAAAUUAUCACCAGACCAUGUUUUUCUCCAUUAGGAGAGGAUGAAGGUUGUAGACCAUUGCGGAAUCUUUUAACCAUACCACGUGGUUAAACUCUUAGACUAUCGAUACAUACAGAAUAAGAACAAGUCUUUGAUAUUAAUUACUAGUCUGCAGCUAGGAAUUCGGUGUCAUUGAACGUGAAGAACGACCACCGCCGAAACAUCCAAUCUAUAACAACUGAAUGAAUGUCGCUCUGAACUAUCCCCUCUAACCAAGACAGAGAGAGAGAGAGAGGUACAAAACUCUCCAACAAAGAUCCCGACGACACACUGAGCGUAAAUAUAUAUAUUGAUUGCAAUUGUCCCUGAAUGAGUGAGCGUUCAUGUGCAACGGAUUAGCAUUUCAAUUGAUAAUUAUAACAACUUUGUAGUGUCUCAUCUCAGUUGACCCCCACUUCCCCUUUUGUCAAACAAGCCGCGAUGCCGGUUUAACCCACUAGGGCACAUUCCCCUAUCAUUUCUAGUAACCACAUUUACCUUGUUUGUUUGUUUAUGCAUUUCUGUGAAUUACUUAGUAAUAAAUAAAUGAUUUAAGACAAUUGAUGUAUGGAUGACUCAUAGUGAAGACUGGGUUCUUGCAAAUAACCAGCAAUAUACAACGUUUGGAAUGAGACUAACGUGAGGUAAAGUAAAUAAUUUAUUAAUCAGAAGACUAUGGAUCAGAUAUGAAAAUAUCUGAAAGGUUAUAUUAUGAAAUUAUAACCUUAUAAUCUGAAUAUUUUUCCUUGGUGCUGACUUCCUAGUUAAUUACAGUUACAUGAUUAAUCAGUUGAUCGCGUAAUACUAAUGACAGAGAAUCUUUGAUAAAAACUAUAAGUCUUCAAUUUAAUGAUAGUAAAGACACGACACUGCACAUGUUAUGUACGCAUGAUACGCCAUCUUAACAGACUUCCUUGGCUUCAAAUGCUCUAUUGAGUCUUCACAUAGGAAUGAAUGGUGUCCAUUCAUUUGGUCAUUAGUUCAAACUAAGUGAGUGACCUUUUUGUUCAGAUUCCUCAACAAAAUAAAACUUUGGAUUCAAGGACAGCACAAAACAAUAGUUUAAUUCAACAAAUUCCCUGUCUUUGUUUUUAUAUGCCAACUGUGGCUUAAAUUACUUCAUAAAAUCAAACAGUUUCAUAUUUUAGAUAAGGUGAAAUGCAUUAUCAUAUUAAGAAUGUAAUUAUAUGCCUUUAAAAUGGCGAAAUCUUCAUGUAGAUAUCUUGAAAACAAAAAAACUCCAGAAAGAUCCCAUUUUCAUGGUCUUCAACAUCGGAUUGAACACAUGGUGGUAUCCUAGUGGUUAUAGCGUUGGGCCAGUAACCGAGCUGACAAGGUGAAUAAUCUGUUCAUGUGCAAGGCACUUAACCCUAAUUUCUCCUGUAAGACGCUCUGGAUAAGAACUGGUGCACCUAGCACCGACAAUCAUACCACGCUCAAAUUCGCUUAGGCCACUAGUUUUGCCCAUCCUAACAUUAAAUCAAACAGUAACUGAAUGCCUCAAUGCCUGUCUGCCUGCCUUCUUUAUACAGCAAGCCACAGCCACGUGACUCACUGUCGGUAGGAAGAAACAUUUUCAUGAAAGGGGUGAAUAAAAACUGGCCACUGAGUCUAUAUCUCUUCAAUAGCUUGUGCAUAAAGCUGUAUUCACAUUGUGACUUAAACCCUUUCUCUAUAACGCAUAUUCCUGUCAAUUCAGAUGUGAGAAACUUUUGUCGUUGACGACCAUAAUGCUUAUAAAUGGAAUGCAAUUAUCUAAGUAGCUCAAUUCAAUCAAACCCCAUUGCAAUUUCCAGGCAGUAGCAUGUAUAUAAAUAUACUAUUUCCCUUACAAACAAUCGAUCAAAUGUAUUUUAUAAAGUCAUUCUUACAUUAGCAGUUGUCCAAUGUGCUAAACACAAUUGCAAAAUGGUUUUGGUAAAAAACGCAUAUUAAGAGACGUGUACAUUACAUAAGUUGUGUACACAAGGACAACUGCAUAAAUAUUGCUACAGCAGAUUUGAUUGAAUUCAGUCUUAGGUUACAAUUGCUCAUCUGAAGAUAUCUGACAUUUUCUCUUCUGGAGAGCAAUGUAAGCAAUGACACUGUUCAUUUGAAUGUUUAAUACAUCAGAUGACAAUUUGUUAAAACCUGUACAUUGAUUGGUAUUGUUGUAUUCAUUUGUUACUCAUUACAGGGUUUUUCUUUAAAAACAUCUCAAAUCAGGCAACCCAAAUUGGAAAAUAUCUCUGAGUACUAAUUUACUAAUUCAAAAUGUACUAUAGGGCCCUAUAAUUAUAUAUAUUUUGUCAAAUUCAGUUUAGUAUUUUCCCCAUUUACGUUUUCUGAUUUCAGAUAAGUUUUCAAUUUGAGUUUUGCACUGUAAAAAUUACAAUACCCACAAUACAGUUUUCAUUAGCAUCGCUAACUGGUUACACAAAGUGCGGCCACCACACAGACAGGGGCAUUCCCAUACCAUUGCCUCUUCAGAAAGUUUCAGGAAAAAAAACCAACUGAUGCAUUAUUUUCAUAUCUUGAGCAGAACUUGUGCAAAUAAACAUUUGAUUCAUAUUCUACUAAAUUCAACACACUUUUGAAUAUUGUUGAAAUCAAUUUAUGUCUGGAUUCCGUGAUGUCUGCAGAUUUUAUAGGGCCCUAAAUAUGAAGGCCUUAAAAAAGCAUAGAUGUUAUAGCAUAUAUUAUUUUACAGUUCAUGUAACUUUUAAAUAAUCUGUCAAGUAAAAUUAGCAGCAGUUCUGUCUACCAUACUGACUCCACAUUACUGAAUUUGAAUUGUGAGGUAAAUAGAUUUACGAAAAUGAUCAAAGAUAAAGCUCUCUUCAUACACAAAGUAAUCAUGCAAUUACUAUUUUGUUUAUCAUUAUACAUGUUUUCAACAUUCUUUUUAGAUUGACUUGGAGAACAGGAUUGCUCUGUCAAGCAAUACAAGAUUUUCCAUCAUUAACUUUACUUUAAAAUGUACCAUGGUAGACCAACAUUGACAUUUCCAUAUAAGCCUACAAGUAAAUGACAUCACAUGUAUAUUAAAAAGUCAAAAUGGACAUAGCUGUAUGUAUUUAUACAUUUGUAUAUUAAUCUGUUUUUGUGUAAAUGGUACAAUUAUUUGUGUACAUGUUACUGACAUUUUAUGUCUGUUACAAAAUGUAAUGGCUGAACAUUUUUCUUACAAAAUAAAUUGUUAAUGCUUUUCGACUACCUUCUGUAGUAGUAUUGAUUUAAAUAUUCUGUGAGUAAAAUGCCCAAGUUGCAUGACUUCUUAAAGAUGAGGCAAUUCUGACCAUCAAAAUGGUGUUACCGAAUCUUUGAAAGUUUGUUGUAUUUUUACAAUGUCUCUUAUGUGAAGUUACUACUAUUGAAUGAGUCUAUUUAAAAAUGACCCCCAUCCGUAACCUGUAAAUUGAUUGUCCAUUUUUAGCUAUUGAUAUGAUUUGUCAGUUAGUUCUUAGUGUACCUUGUUUAUUUUCCUUUGCAUAUUAUUAAAAACAAUCAAGUGUAAAUGUGUGUUUCACUUACUUUAAAAUGUACAUACUGUAUUUGUUUCAGAAACUAACUUUUCAACAGUGAUCAAGACGACACUGAGCGUAAAUAUAUAUAUUGAUUGCAAUUGUUUCCGAAUGAGUGAGUGUUCAUGUGAAAAGGAUUAGCAUUUCAAUUAUUAUAAUUAUUAACUCUAUAGUGACUUCUUCGUCUACCCCCACUUCCCUUUUGUCUAACAAGCCGCCAUGCCAGUUUAGCCCACUAGGGUACAUUCUCCUAUCAUUUCUUGUAACCAUAUUUACUUUGUUUUGUUUAUGCAUUUCUGUGAAUUACUUAGUAAUAAAUAAAUGAUUUAAGACAAUU